UGACCAAAACACGGGAAACACGGACGGCGGUACGUACAUGUGACCGGUCAGAUGACGGUGUUUGGGUUCCGUUUAUUACGCUUUGCCUGUAUCUGACUAUGAUACUCAUAUGGUUAGAAAACUCAUUAAUCAGCUACCGGUGCUGACUUUCUAUUAUGACAGAAAAUGUCUACUGCUAUGAUAGCGUCAAUCUCCACUCUUCCACACUCGGAAAAUGGAUCGAAGCCUAGGCCUGGGCCUAGGCCUCUCCGUAGUAGUGGCCGCAAUGUAUUGCUCAGGCACUCGAUUCUUUCAUUCAGAAAGUAUUUUCAGCUAGGGCAAUGGGAGCUAGCCAGGGCUUGCGCUCAGACUUUUUGGAAUGUGGAAGCACAAGAUACAAAUAGACAGACUCAUUCCGGAAAGGUUUCUGAUAAAGAAGCUAGUUAUGAGCAAGAACACCUAGGCCUAGAUGAAUUAGUUGACGGAGGCCGAUAUGCAACUGAGAACGAUGAUAACAAAGAGGCAUUGUUGGUUGAGAAAAUCGUAUUAUGGGCGAUAAGAAAUCCAGAAAAGUCCAGCUUUGGUUCACAUAGUGUGGUCUCUCCCCAACAUUUGGCAUGGUUGUGUUUCCAAUUGCUACAAGGAAAAUGUGGUCACACGCAAAAGUCUAACCUUUCUCACUACCUCGAGUUUAGUCUCAUGCUACUAAUGUGCAAGGAAUUCGGUGCUGACACUUCAACCCUAAAGGAGCUAUAUCAGUAUUUCUGCUCGAUUACAAUCAGAGCAACAUCAUCACCAAAUAGUCAAACUCUCCAGGAAUACCAAAGGAUCUCUAGAGAUUGUAAAAAACUCCUCCAGGAUAUUCUCACCCAAGAUACAACGCUUGGAAGUACUAUGAUCAAAUAUCUUCACACGUCUUUUACACCACCAAGCUUAUACGAUGCCACCGUCUCUUUAACAAUUUCAGAACUUGUAGUUAGUCUGACAAGCAAUAAAUCUCAGAUAUCUGUUGAUACUUUGUGUGAGAGGGUCUAUGAUGUAAUAGCAAAGACUCUGUGGCCGUUAGACAUAGCUUUGGAGAACGUUGGCAACCUCUGCAGAGAACUGUUACAUCUGGCAAUGGACCGUCACGUUCUGCAGCUACAUAAUCUUUACUCGUGUAUUCUUUGUAAGCAGGAGCCGUUUCUACAGUUAUGCAGGAAAGUGACUAAUAAUUUCCUUAUGAACUACCAAAGAAGAUCUGUUCCAAGCGACAGACUGGAAGCAGGAGAAGAUGUUAUAAAUGCUUAUGCUAUGUUGGCCAUUAACAGAAUGGAUCGAAAAGAUGCCUGGAAGCAGCUGUUUUUUCAAUCAUGGAAUAAUACACAGCAUGUGUUGGAAAUGAUUGUGGAAUCCUGUAUGUCAUUUAUUAAAGAAGAAAUGUUUGGUGAAUUGGUCGAGCUUUUGGCUCCUAGAGAGCUAUCAAAUCUCAGAGUGUUCAUUGUGUUGGUAGGUCUGGGAAAAGUCAAAACUUUAUCUGCAGCUAGAAAACUAUUCAAGGCAAUUGAUUUUAAGCAGAGCCACAGCGAUUCCCUUCUGGUGGCAGCAUGUCAGAGGUUAUCAUUUUGUAUGGAAUUAGUCAGAUGGAGUCUGGAUAAAACAAGUGCUAUGCAUGAAUUUGAAGAUGCAAUGGACAUUGAGGUUAGAAUAGACUGUGACCAGUCAGCUCUAUGUGUUCUCCAUCGUUGUGGCUCUUUAACUGCCUUAGAUCCUGUGGAUGUCAUUGAUAUGCUUAGUGGAACCACAACAAAAGAAGAAGUAAAAUCAAUGUGGAAGGAGAGAAAACUAAGCGAAGGAGGUGCACAGUCAGUUGAACAGGCAAGAGAUGUAGCAGUGUACUUGAGUUUCAUUGCAAUGCAGGGGUUCAUUAAUGCUGUGAGUGGAAUGGACACUGACCUCAUGUCACCACAACACACAGUCAAUAUUCAUAAAGAUCUGAUGUGUGCAAGAGAAAAUCUCAAGAAGAUUUACCCUCUGAAUUACCGUGUUGAAGUUCUUGAGAAUAUUUUCUCACUUUUGUUUGUGAGAUUUGAUCAGCGAUUGGAUUGUCUUGUGAAAUCGGACAGUGAAGGUGAUGAUUCUUUAGAAGAUGCCUGCCCACAGAUGCACAGUCAACAUUUUGGUUAUGCUCGACAUGGGCUUAAGACCACUAGUAGCUCCGAGGUAAACAAUUCUGAGAAACUAGAAUCAGGUUCCAGCAGCAGCAUCUCAGGUUUAACACAACGGGCGUCCCCACCUGGGUUCUUAGCAUCACCAGAUGUUGUUGAUCUCUUUCUGAAGGUAUUCAAAGAGUGUUUGAAUGACCUAGGCAUGACAGAUACUCAGAAGUUAGAUGAAUAUAAUCUUAAGGGAAAAAGACAUCUUCACAAACACUUAAAGUGUUCUAUAUCUGACACAGAAUUAAAACAGAGGAUUGUGAGGCUUGAAAAAUGUACAAAUGAAGCUCUGUGGCGAUUCCAGUUAGUUUCGGAAAAGGUUAAAGGUCAGGAAAGUUACAGUAGCUACAUCGAGGAAGAAGAUCUUGGAAGAUUGAUUAAUGAGGAUGUACAGGAUGAUUAUGAAAAGUUAGACAUGCGCAAGAAACCAAAUAACAACAGCAAGCACUCAGCCAUGUCAACUAACAGUUACAGACGAAGGAGGCGGUUGAGCAGUCGCUCAAAUUCUACUUCAUCUUCAAAACCUAGAUGUGAAGGUAUUGUUUCGUGUAUGCUUUCAACUCAGCAGAUGCUUGUUCGGAUUUGUAUGGUUAAAGGGAGAUUUCGCAAAGCAAAGCAGGUUAUCGAAAUGUUUGAAAUGGAAAAUGGCUGUGAAGUGUCUGAAGUGAAUUUCGCCCAACACUGGAUCUCAGCAACUGAGCAAGUUCAAAAUUUAGAUGUCAGUGUAAACAAAAUGUCCUCCACUUCUAGGUCUAAGAAGUCCUCUUUGGGAGUCAUUGCUAAUAUUGCCGGCUCAGCAGUCUCUGCCAUGUCCGCAGGAAACAUUGUAGAUGAAAUAUUAACAAGACUUCCCUCAAAUCUGUAUAAACCAGUGAACAUGAAGCCACAACUGAGAGACAAGACAGGCCUUGCAGAACUUCAUAAGCACCUACAGAGCAGAAAUGUUGCAAGUAUGGUUGCUCUUGACUUGGCAUGCACAGCAUGUAAAGUCUAUGAGACAUCAUUGAGUCUUCUUGACAGAGGGGAGAGCUCUGUCAUCUCAAGCACACUUAAGGGGACAGUGACUGGGAAAUCAAGCAGUGAGACAACUCUACUUGGUGUGAGCGACUUCCUUCAAGGUCUGUACAAUGCUGUGAGGGUUGAAGGCCCACCCAUGGAUUCUGAGGUAGUCGGUGAGGGAGUGUUUAUCAAGCAAAGUGUCCAAGAACUCCUUCUUUGCGGCAGUAGACCUCUCCAGGCCACUAGUCUUCAAAAGCAUUAUAGGUGGCAAUCGGAUAUGUCAACUUCUAUUAAGCAUCUUGCUAGUGAAUUGUCAGCUGAUGGGGAUAAACCGCCUACUAGAUCACCUGUGUCCAGAAUUCGUGCAUCCAAACAAUCUGCAAGUUCAGUUCACAAAGCCUCAAGUAACCUGAUGCGAGUACUGGACAACAAUGUCUACAGAGAACACAAGACAUCGUCUAAUUAUUACAGCCACAGAGAAGAGCAUUCACAGAAGCAGGUGAAUUACAUGAAGACUAUAUGUGAUCAUGUGAACACAUUGGCUUCUGUGCUCCUGGAAUCAAAAGGACGAGAUACAGGUAGUGGUGUGAAUCUAAAUAUUUCAACUAAGUCAUCCAACCCCUUUUCAGUGCUAAACAAAGGCCCUCACUCGGAGCUGGGUAAACUCAUGUUCCAUGAUAAUAUCCCUCCGUCCAGGUUAGAGACAAUCGCAAGCAGUUUAAAACUUGAUCUCGUUGAUGUGAUGGUUAAAAGCUGCUGUCCAAUAAUUGCACUUGAUUCACCACCAGUGGUCAAGUCGCGGACUACUGAUGGAAAAAUUGUUUUGAAUGUUGGACAACAAUGGUCUCAACAACCAAGACACCCAGGAGUUGUGGUGAAGGAGCUGUUGUCUAGGUUAAUCCGAUUAAUGAAAAACCACAUUGGAAGUUCUAAUGUAGCUGGUGUUUUUGACAUGGGCGGUGCCUUUCUGGCGAGUGGAAUGCCAGAGUGGUUUGAGAUUUCUGCAGCCACUUGUGAACUCCAGGUUGUUGACCUCGACCUCCUUCUUACUAAUGAUGACAAAAUUUGCUUCUUUACCAACCUCUUAAAUCUGUUACUGGUUCAUGCAGCUAUAGAACAUAUACAGGGACAAAUGAAGAUGAACAUUAGCCCUACGAACCACACUAAACAUGAGUCUCUGGGAUGUAAAUCAAGUCUUAAGGAUUGGAAUGUGCAGGAACCAGGAAGCUGCUCUUCAUCAACGUUGGACAGGCUCUUAUAUUAUUCAAACAUUGCCUACAAAGUCGGACAGAUCGGUGUCAUUAGUGCAUUUGACCUGCGGUUUUCAGUUCUCCAUAAUGAUCUUCCAGCGCCAGCUUUACUUGGGCCAAUACUCAAGCAGUUGCAAUCAGGUCUUGGAAAGUGCUUACCUUGGCAGUCAUAUGUUCCUGGGCCUGAGAGCAGGUUGCUGUUUGUGAUCGCCAAUAGCUGCUUCUCAUCACCUAUUCUACAGGUGUUGGAAGAAGAUAAUUUGAAUAUGCAGUUGACAGAUGCCAUGAGGGCCUACCUCGAUUAUCAUGUGUCUGUAGACCAUGAUAAGAUGCAGAUAACAAUUCCACAGCAACUUGCAUGGUUUCGUAAGGAUUUCACGGGUAAAAAUCUGCAGGAGAAUGUUGAGUCAGGUCGUAUCUUUGAGGGUUUGAUUCACUUUCUGAUAGCACACGUGUCUGCCGAACUAGGGGAAAGUUUAGAAUCUGUUGUUCUAAGUUGUUCGCCUAGAAGGAUAGAAGUUCAGAAUAGAGAUGACCCUUCCGGUAAUGAAGCUAGCAAAAUCGGAGGCUUGAAAAUUAAGAUAACUACGAUGGACUUUAGUUUUGGCUACAUGUUCAGUUAUGCGGCCGGUCCGCAUGGCAGAAGCGUGCGAAGACGAUCAUCUGCUCCCUCUCUCGGUCAAAAUGAAGAUGAUGAUGAUGGAAAAUUGAAUCAGAAACCAACAUUUUCUCCAAACCAAGAAACACUAAAAUAUAUGCAGACAAAGAAUCAGUUCAUAUGGACAAUAUCUAAGGUGGUUGGUUGCGUGGAUGGUGGUGGUGAUUGGAAGCUGUCAACACAUGUUGAUGAAUACAGUGACAGCACACUAAUGGAGACAUCAACUUUAACCGAUGAAGAAACUUCUCCCUAUGGAUUGGAACGAUUCCCUGAUUUGCAAAGAUAUUUACAGGUUUUUUCUGCUGUAUUUCUCCGUUUUCACAAUGAUCACCAUAAAACAGAUAAAGUAAAAUCUCUAACGGAUGCAGCAGUUUCCGAUAGUAUCUAUUCAUACAUCUUUGGAAGGGUAGACAGCAGAACUUUUCAAGAAGCCAUCACUAGUGAUCUGAACAAAGCACUAGAAAAUGGACAGUGGCAACAAAUACUUAAUAUAUUAGAUUUACUUAUACAUUUCCAGUACGAUAAUUGUAAUGAUUUAGUGACAUUACGCGACUACAUAUUAAUAAGUCUUAACAGCGAGUGCAGCUUGGAUGUCACGACAUCAAAGAAGUACUUAAUGCAGGUGCAGCAUGAGGACCUUCUGGCAAAUUCAGUACUUAGCACGCUUCCAUCUUACUCCUCUGAAGUCUGUCUUGAGUUACUUGAGCACUGUGUCUUCCAGUUAUCAGCAGAUUCUCCACUUCUGGAAUUUGUUAAGCAGAAAUAUAAAGAAAUGCAGAUAUAUAACAAGAUAUCACGAUAUGCAAAGCAGUACAAACCAGUGUCAUGUGAUUUAAUAGACACCAACGAAAUAGACGAAUUGGUUAAUGAGAUGGAUUGUUACUCACAGUGGCAGUAUAUUGCGGAGCAAUCAUUGGCGAAACCUAAGCAAGUGUUGGCAGUCAUUCUAUCAGCUCAUGAUUAUGAGACCGCACUCAAUUGGGCCAAUCUUCACAAUUCCACAAAACCACUGAAACAGGUGAUUGAGAAGAAAUAUUUAAUGUCAUUACUACAAGAAAUUCAUCCAAACAUCAAGAUUUACCAGAUUCUUGAGGGAAUUGACGACAAACAUUACUGCUACACACUGUGUAGGUCACUGAUGCUGACCUCUGGUGUAAGCUUACUGGGUAUCAACUCAGUUGUCCAGUUUGUGACUACCAGCCUAGCUGACCAUAUUGCUCCUGAUCAACUUCAAGAAUUCAAUGCAACAAGGAUUGGCGUCAAGAUGUUGCUUUGUAUGCCGUCAAGAACACAACCUGGGUAUGAGCAUCUGAUGAGUGAGCCGUUACUGAUCCUGGAACAGUUGAUCAUGAACGCUGACCUUGUUGUUGCUAAUAAGGUAAUGACGGUUUUGAAUGAGUAUGUUGAUAAACAACCAGAAACAAAUGGCUGGAAGAAAGCGGUCGAUCAACUCGUCUCCAAAUACGCAAGCGAGGCUUUGAUUAUUCACACAAUUGCCGAACAUUGGGAUGACUGCUCCCUAGAUGAAGAGCAGGAACAAUCUGCUUUCCCAGAUGCAGACACUAUGUCUGUAGUGAGUGACAUAAAGGAUGAGUCGUCACCUUACUUGCCCUCAUCACCACCCAAGAAAGAAGACUGGGUGAAAGACUCAGCCGUAACUGUCUGCAUGGUCUGCAAAACUGAGACCUUUAGUAUGUUCAAUAGGAGACAUCAUUGUCGCCGCUGUGGACGUGUUGUGUGCUGGCGUUGUUCUCAACUACAAGCUGUUGUCAAAGGUUAUGGCGAGGUUCCUGUGCGAGUAUGUGAUGAUUGCUACAGACAUUUUAUCAUACCAAGAAGAGUUUCUAUUAGGCAAGAGCCAUCUCCAAGGAGAGACAGGAGCCUAUCAGGUACAAAUUUGAGAUCUGCUGAUCGCAGAUUAAGGCGAUCACCAACCCCCAGUCUUAGAAGUGCUUACCGUUUGCCAUUACCCAAUGCACCAGAGGCGCUUUUCAAGCUCAAAUGUGAUACUGUUUACAAUACAACUGUCCGAGACGAAUUCUGCUAUGACCAGGCUCCGAGCACAUCUCUGUGUAUUUCUAUACUUGAUCUUCAUAGCGAUCCCAGUGAAUGCGGUUCUUUAAUUCUUGACCUCUGCCGAGGCAUGUCGGAAAAUCUACGCCCUUUGAAACCUGGCGUUCCCAACCCCGAGAUUGAUUACAACUUGCUAAUCAGCAUGAUCACUAGGCUUUUAUUUGAUGCCAAGUUGAAGUUCAUGAAAGCGGAAGCUAUCCACUGCAUAGAGCAAUGCGAUACUUACAUCAGCCUGGUUGACCUUCUUUCAAAUUUUGUUGCUGCCAACUGCCCUGAUAUUCCCAGUAUUCAUCAAUUAACAAAGCCAGAUUCAGCAAGACUGAUCCGUGACAGGUUAUUAGAAAGCGAACGCUUGAGUCUUGCAAUGGAAGUGUCCACCAAGUGCGGGCUGGACACCGGAGCUGUCUGGGCCUCUUGGGGGAUGAGCUGCCUCAGGUCAGGGGAUUACGAAGGAGCAAAGGAAAAAUUCAAAAGAGUCUUGAAGCCUGCGGAUGAUAAGAACAGUCUUCAACCACCUUCAAAACUGCUCUCAGAUAUUCUUCAGUUUCUGGAAUGUGUCAACACAGAAGCUGUGUCUGUCCAAGAAAUCAGCAAGGCCUCUCCGAGCUAUAUCAAAGAUUAUUUUGCUGAUCCAAAGCAGAUAACGUCAGUUUUGGAGCAAAUGAAUAGCGGUCCAUUGGAAGAGUGCAAAUGGUACAUUCAAACGUUUGGCACGCAUCUGUCGAUGGUGGAGUUCUACCUGAGACAUGACUACCUGGCUAAAGCAGUGUUUUAUAUCAUUGCUGAGAAGUGUGCAGCCCCUGUAUUUCUUGAGGGCAUUGUAAUGCCGUGCCUUAGAGAGGGCAGUAUUCAUAAGCUACAAGAGCAGAUGAAGUUAGUUGACUCAGGUUUUAGUAUGUGGUCUACGUACCUGACAGCUACUUGUCGCCACCUGACCAGUAAACGAUACUUCCAUGUACUGUAUCUAUUCCAGGUUUUUAUGAAGGAUUUUGUGCGGGCCUCGAUGACAUGUAUUAAAUUUUUCCAAGACCGAGUUAAAUCUUAUACUGAAUUGUUUGAGCGUCUGCAUUACCUAGACACAGCAAAACACCACUUGAGAACUGCGAGUGACAUGAGAGGGUUGCCUAGAGGAGCUGCACACCAGAUGUCACUUUCAGCGCCAGACAUUGCCAAGCACAUAAGAACGAUUGAAAUGCAGAUAGAAGUAACCAAGUGUAUUCAUCAAGUUGGUCAUUUGGAAAUAUCGAGGCUGUCCAGAGAUGCUGACAAACAAUCAUCAAAUGUUUCAACGCUCUUUGGGGCUGGUAAAGACAAAGCACAAGUUGCUUACAUGAUGUUAAUGGUAGGAUUGGAAAUGGAACAAGGAUUCACUAUUGGUUACAGAAUUAUUCAGAUAUAUCGUCUUCCUGCUCCUGUGAUUUUCACCCGUGUUGGUCGAAAUCUAGCAGAGAGACGGAAAGUGAAAGAAAUUGGAGGAUUCUUGGAGAAACUUUGUGGCAAUAGAUACUGCGAUGCGGACACUGGCGAUGAUAUUUUGAGUGCUUGCGUCAAGGUCAUUGCUCCUGACCCUCAGUGUGCUAAAGAGACAGAGUAUCUUAUUAAACUUAUGAGAAGGAAAACAAAUCAGGUGAAUGCUUAUAUAUUAUGUGGCAAGCUGAAAUCAGCAUAUUUGAUUGCAGUGAAGUCUGAAAGCGAAGCGGACAUCAAGCGCAUAGCGGUCGCUGCCCAAGAAACGGGCCAGGCCGCUGUUAAAUCUAUCUGCGACAAGUGGCUAGCAUCAAAAGGAAUGAAAUAAUUAUACAAUCCCAUAAUAUACAGUACUUUCUAUGUAUUUUUGUAUUUUUUUUUAAUACCAGUGACAUGAGAUAGAAGAGAGAAUACAGGACAAAAAACAUAUAGCACAUAUAUUAUGCAUUUUGUGGCUUUAUGUUAUCUUUUAAGGUGCCAGAGAAUGAUUGAUUGAUUGAUUGAUUGAUUGGUUGAUUGAUUGAAUGAUUUAUUCAUUUAUUGACUGGUUGGUUGUUUGAAUAAACUUAACAACUGUAAUCAACACUUUUAUGUAUUCAAUAUAUUAUUAUUUAUACAUAUUAUGCAUGAAUCUCUGAAUUAUUAUGCCAUCUACUAUUUCCUCUCAGGAAAAAAAAAGUGCAUUUGCCAAGAGGUAAUGUUCUUGCUUUUUGCGCUGAAGAUCCCAGUUCAAACCAGACCAGCAUUUUAACUUGUUCUGCUCCUCCAAUAACCUUCCUAUUAUAGGCAGGCUAAGGGACAAUAUAUCCAUUGUAUAUCUCGAUACUGGCAAUGCACUGCUGCUGCCACAGGGGCCCGGAUAGAAUUUCCAGUUUCGAAUAUUUGGAAUUAAGCAAAAAAGAAAGAAUUUAAGUCCAGUUGUAUGAAUGUGUUGUAGUGAUCAAGGCAUGUAUAGUGUGGUGUAUGAAUGUGUUGCAGUGAUAGAGGAAAGCCUUCUAGUGUAUUAAUGUGUUGGGGUGGGGUAUAGAGACACCCUAUCCGGGUGUACGAAUGAUCAUGUGCUUGGUAAAUAAGUCUGUGCAAUUAUUGGAAAUACAAGUAGAAGAUUGUCUCCCAGUGUAGGGGUAUACGGACCAAUCACAGUCAAGCUGCAGAGACACUCCAAUAUGUAUCCGAAAAUUGAAGGGAUGCAUUUUAAAAUAUAUUCAGGAUAUUAAAUUUAUAUUAAAAUAUAACAAAUUAAAUAUAGGCUACUUAUGUACAAAAUUAUAUAAAUUAUGCACUGAAAGUAUUUAAAUAAAUAGCAUAAAUUUGUACCACGUA